CUGCCGCCGUCGCCGCCGCCGCCGCCGCCGCCGCUGCCGCCGCGCAUUGUGCAGCAGGCGGGCCCCGGAGCGGCAGGGCCCUGGACCGCCGCGCUCCCGGGGAUGGUGAGCAAGGCGCUGCUGCGCCUCGUGUCUGCCGUCAACCGCAAGAGGAUGAAGCUGCUGCUGGGCAUCGCGCUGCUCGCCUACGUCGCCUCUGUUUGGGGCAACUUCGUUAAUAUGAGCUUUCUCCUCAACAGGUCUAUCCAGGAAAAUGGUGAACUAAAAAUCGAAAGGAAGAUUGAAGAGAUUGUUGAACCACUAAGAGAGAAAAUAAGAGACUUGGAAAAAAGCUUCACCCAGAAAUACCCGCCAGUAAAAUUUUUAUCAGAAAAGGAUCGUAAACGAAUUUUGAUAACGGGAGGAGCAGGAUUCGUGGGUUCCCAUCUCACUGACAAACUCAUGAUGGAUGGCCACGAGGUGACCGUGGUGGACAACUUCUUCACGGGCAGGAAGAGAAACGUGGAGCACUGGAUAGGCCACGAGAACUUUGAGCUGAUUAACCACGAUGUGGUAGAGCCCCUCUACAUUGAAGUUGACCAGAUAUACCAUCUGGCCUCUCCAGCCUCCCCUCCCAACUACAUGUAUAACCCCAUCAAGACACUAAAGACGAAUACGAUCGGGACGUUAAACAUGCUGGGGCUGGCAAAGCGAGUUGGCGCCCGGCUGCUCCUGGCCUCCACCUCAGAGGUGUACGGAGAUCCUGAAGUCCACCCUCAAAGUGAGGAUUACUGGGGCCACGUGAACCCAAUAGGCCCCCGAGCCUGUUAUGAUGAAGGGAAGCGUGUUGCGGAGACCAUGUGCUAUGCCUACAUGAAGCAGGAAGGCGUAGAAGUGCGAGUGGCGAGAAUCUUCAACACGUUUGGGCCGCGCAUGCACAUGAACGACGGCCGGGUGGUCAGCAACUUCAUCCUGCAGGCGCUCCAGGGCGAGCCGCUCACGGUGUACGGAUCCGGGUCGCAGACCAGGGCCUUCCAGUACGUCAGUGACCUGGUGAAUGGCCUGGUGGCUCUCAUGAACAGCAACGUCAGCAGCCCGGUCAACCUGGGGAACCCAGAAGAACACACAAUCCUAGAAUUUGCUCAGUUAAUUAAAAAUCUUGUUGGUAGUGGAAGUGAAAUUCAGUUUCUCUCUGAAGCCCAGGAUGACCCACAGAAAAGAAAACCAGACAUCAAAAAAGCAAAGUUGAUGCUGGGGUGGGAGCCUGUGGUCCCGCUGGAAGAAGGUUUAAACAAAGCAAUUCACUACUUUCGGAAAGAACUUGAGUACCAGGCAAAUAAUCAGUACAUCCCCAAACCAAAGCCUGCAAGAAUAAAAAAAGGACGGACGCGCCAUAACUGAAAGCCUCAUUCGUGGGACAAAGACUCCCUGUUUCACACUGAUAGGAUGUAUUUUUCUUUCCUUUUCAUUUUUUCUUAAAGAGAGACUUAAACAGGUGUCAUGAAGAACAAACUGGAAUUUUAUUCUGAAGCUUGCUUUAAGGAAGUGGAUGUGCCUACAAACUCCCCUCAAAAACCUGCAAAUUUUGCCUUGCACUUUUUAAAUCUGACUUUUUAUGAAAAAUAGCAUAGAUGCAUCUCUGCAUAUUUUCAAGUUUUUUAUCUUGCUGUGAGAGCAUAUGUUGUGACUGUCAUUGACAGUUUUAUUUACUGGUUUCUUUGUGAAGCUGAAAAGGAACAUUAAAUGGGGUGAAAAUGCCGAUUUUAUUUAUAAAAGUGGGUACCUAUAAAUGAGACGUUAUACUAUGCAUAAAGAAAAAAUAACAUAACCUAGCAGUAUUGUCAGGUGGGUGGCGCACAAGCAUCUAUUCUUCGUGUGGAUAAAAGAAUUCUGUUUGAGAGCUUUAUGUUUCUUUUUAAUUCAGAAUUUUUGCAAGGUCUAGUUUUUAGUUACAAACUUGACUUUGAAACAUUUCUGUUGGUGAUCGUGAUCAAGGACAGUUGACGUCACUACUGCGUUGUGCUGCGUGUUCGAGGAGGGGGACAGUUAAUGUAAUAUUGGUUAACAGUGGUUAAAUAUGCUAUUUUAAUAAAAUACUGAAACUCA